CAUAACAACCUUUCUUCUUGGUUUCCAACUUUGAAGUAAAAAAAGAGUUCUUGUGCACUUUUAUUUAAACUACAGUUUCUAAACAUAUCCAACACACAAAAAUAAGCUAUGAAAGGUUCAUAUUCCAUCAAUAAAUCUCUAGCAAAUAAUGUUCUCCUGAUAAUACUUCUCUUCACUUCCAUCAUCACUUUAGUUUCCGCCAUUGAAAAAACAAGCACCGAAUUCAUUAGAACGUCGUGCAAAAAAACAACAUACCCUACACUCUGCUUCAACUCGUUGUCAACACGAGCAGGUGCAAUCCAAACAAGCCCAAAGCUACUAGCCCAAACAGCAUUAUCAGUGUCCCUUGACACUACUCUCUCCACAUCUUCAUCAAUGGUUAAAUUGUCACAAGUCCAUGGCAUGACUCCGAUAGAGGUUUCUGCCAUGAAAGACUGCAUUGAGUUGUUGAGUGAUUCUGUGUAUGAAUUGAAAAGGUCAAUUGAGGAGAUGAACCGGCCGGGUUCCAAAGAUCAUAAGUUAAUAAUGAGCGAUAUACAAACGUGGGUUAGUUCUGCUAUGACAGAUGAAGACACGUGCUCUGAAGGUUUUGUGAAUGACCCGAAAAUGAAAAAUGUGGUGAGAGGAAAGAUUGUGAAUGUUGCGCAUAUAACUAGCAAUGCUUUGGCUUUGAUCAAUAGUUACGCUUCUCUACACGAAUAGUUCAUUUCAAAUAUUAGAAAUGCUUUAAUCAGUUUGUAGAAUAUGAAUAUCAUAUAGCAAGGCAGCUGAAUGCAAAUUUAUAGCUGCAAAUUUUCUAGCACUUAUGCAAAACUCAACUCAAUAUGUGCGAGCUAGCAUGAAAAUGUGAUUUCUAAUUAUGGUUCUGUUAUAGCAAAGUGUAAUGUAUUGAAACUGUUACUGCAAUAGCAAAUACAAUUUACAUUAAUGCUUUACCCCA